AUGAUCUACAAAUCCACUAAAUGUAACGAUGUACUCAAUUCUGGAUACUGUCCACGAGGGCCAUUUUGUGCAUUCGCCCAUGCCGACUCUGAGAUGACUUUGGGACGCACUUUCCUCCAAUCAGCGGCGGCUGCAGCUGCUGUUGCAGCUACUGCUACAGGUACCACCGCGGGGCUCCAGACUGCUUCCCCAAUGCAACACGACGCCUCGCCUGUCUCCUCGUCUACAUCGGCAUCCUCAUCUGGUGUUUUCUCACCCGGAAUUCGACCAACUGCCCUUCCUACUCUCACUUCAUUGCGGGCCUCUCACACUUUUCCAACCACCACUUCACAGCCUACGCCUUUUUGCUACCAAAAAUUACUUCCCUCCCCUGUUCCUCUCGGUCUUCGGGAUUCGUCAAAAUAUGAUGUCGACUGGAUCGGGUUUGAUUUCAAACUUGGUGGUGUAAUGAUCAAUGGAUUCCGAGGUCUGGUAAUCGGUUGCAGAAUGUGGCUCCAUGAUGCUCCUCAAUCCGCUCAAGUUUAG